AUGAAGUCUUUCGCGCCAUUGUCGGUCUUGUCUCUUGUCCUCGCCGGCUUGAGCAAUGCCGCGACCAUCCCCACCAAGUCCCUGAGCAAGCGUUCCACCACCACCUGCGAUCAGUGGGGAACUAUCACCACAGGCAGUUACAUCGUCUACAAUGACCUUUGGGGUGAAGCCGAGGCCACCAGCGGAUCGCAGUGCGUCACCGUGAGCUCGUUGAGCGGCUCCACCAUCGCCUGGUCCACCGAGUGGACAUGGGCCGGUGGUUCCUCGGACGUGAAGAGCUAUGCCAGUGCGGCGCUUCAGUUCACGGCCAAGACGCUGAAGAGCAUCACCAGCAUCAAGACCACAUGGGACUGGAGCUACUCCACCACCAAUAUCGUCGCUGAUGUCUCGUACGACAUGUUCUUGGCCUCCACCGCGAGCGGCUCCGACGAGUACGAGAUCAUGGUCUGGCUUGCAGCGCUGGGCGGUGCUGGUCCCAUCUCUUCGACUGGAUCGGCCAUCGCAACCACUACCAUCGGCGGUGUCUCGUUCAAGCUGUACUCUGGUCCCAACGGAGAUACCACCGUGUACAGCUUCGUUGCCACCGAGACCACCACUAGCUUCUCGGGUGAUUUGUUGGAGUUCUAUACCUACCUUAUUGAUGAGGAAGGCUUGAGCUCGAGCUUGUACUUGGUUGAUGUGCAGGCUGGUACUGAGCCCUUCACUGGCAGUGCCACCCUCACUACUUCUUCGUACUCUGUCGCAGUUGUUUAA